AUGGUAAAGCUGUUCUGCGUCAUCGUUGGUAUGAAGGGAAAUACGCUAAUUGUAUCGCUGCUAUUGGACGGUUGGCUUCAUGAGUCUUCUUGUCUGGCAGACAAGAAGAGUAUCGUGGUAGGCUCGUCGGGUAUUGGCAAGUCGACGCUGUUGUGCGUGAUAGCUUUUCAUCUCGUCUUCAAGCACAAGAAGAAUGUGCUGGUAUACCAAGGAUUGAGCAAAUAUUAUCAGGAGAACUGUCCCUUUUAUCUGGGUUACGAAGAUGGCAAAGUCGUGCAGUUUGUAGUGGACGAAUGCAAUGACCAGAAUGCGAUUAACAUAUAUAAAGUGCUUGUCCGCAAACAGGGCAAACAUAAGAGUAGCAGGCUAAUAUCUACACGCAUCCGUUGA